AUGUUCUCCGUCAUCGUCCCCGGCCGGCCCUGCCUCACAGACAUUGUCGCGGUAGAUGCACAGCCCAACGGCCAGGCCACGAAAUUCGCCUUCACAUUCCCUCUCAACCCUCCCUUCACAGAAGUCGUCGUAUUCUUCUUGCCGGGCACGGUCCUCCCGCAAGACACCGCCGCAGCAAUCUACAUCCAAUUACCCGAAUCCACCCCUUCACCCAAUGGUCCACAGUUCCGGUUCAUCGGCGCAUUAGCCAACGAGAAACCCUCCGCUGUCUUCAAAGUUCAAGGCGGCUCCUCACCAACACCGCCCCGCCGCUCAGAAGCCGAAGAGCAGGAUGAGAUGCUAGACGAAGGCACAGGUGCUGCCGCUGGUGGUGCGCCAGCAAACGGCAUGGUAACGCUGGGUAUUUCGAUCGAGCCGGUCCAGACUGUUGCGCCGCAGGUUGCGGCGCUCGAGGCAGAGACGGCACCCUCGGGGACGUCGACGGAUCUCGUGCGUCAGUCGCCGGAGCAGCGGCAGCAGAAGGGUCUUACGACCAAGGUCCUGGCGCAGCGCAUUAUCGGGAAUGCGUUUAAUUUCCUGGCGAGCUUUGCGUCGUCUGAUCCCAGUAAUAAGGGUCAGGAGGUUGUGUCAUUGAAAAGCUUUCAGGAUUGGUGGGCGAAGUUUGAGCGAAGGGUAGAUAUGGAUCCGACAUUUUUGGAGCGUGAGGAUCCUGGAGCUAGUGGGUGA